CAUACCGAUCCUUCCACCGAAAAAAACGUAGUGCCUCCGCCUCGUCUCCUCCUCGGACCUCUCCCGCUCCGCACGCAGGACACCGGUGCCGCCGCCGCCGCUCGCGCCCCGCCUGUGUCCGUGCCUCCCCUUUCUCUCCCUCCCUCCUCUCUUACCGACGCACCGGCUUGGCCCGAACGCGGCCGCCUCCAUGCCCCUUGUGCGGCUAGCCCCUAGGUCCAUGUGCUCAAGGAAACCCUAGGUACGGGAGCUCAAGGGCUCGGCUGUGCGUGGCAUCUUCCUCUCCGGUGGCGCGACAGCACGAGAAUGCACCGGCGCCGUGGCCUGGGUGCCCCCUUCCCCCGGCGUGCCCCCGACACGGCAUUGCAGGGCGAGCGAAGCCGUGCAGCUUCUCAGAUGGCUCCACAAGGUGUGCGUGAUGGGAUGCUCCUGCGUCGGCGCACCUCCCCGUCUUCUCACGCCGGCAGUGUGGUAACUACGACAUUAUUGCUUACUGAGGACCUUGUUGACAACAUCAUAAGACCAGACUCAGUGGAUAUCCAUAUUUUCAAGAUGUCACUUCAUUUCCUUCCAAUUCUACAUUACCAAGCAAAGCAAGCUCCAGUUUGUCUUCAUGUCUUGAUAACAUGGGAUAUGGGAAUACCACCCACUUGAUGAUACUAUGAUAGUCGAGAGCACAUAUACAUCUUGCUUUGGCCGAUGCAAAGGUACAUGUCAAUUUUCUUGUGUACUUUCCUUUUGUCGAUAUAUAUAGACUAUCACUGUAUUCUUCUUAUAUAUGUAUAUAGUAGUAAGCCAUGUGUGCCAAAAUUCUACGGGUCAUCACAUAAGGCAAGAUGCUGCAUUUGUCAGAUAUAGGACAAUACCAUGUCUGCUGCAGUUUUGGAUUGCUACUGUCCAGCUUCGGAUUGGAAUUAAGUAUGUGACUUCACAAUACGAUUUGACAAACACACUUUAAUUUGUCUUCUCUGCGUUCAGUUCCAACUCAUCUUGUGGUUUUUACUAAUUUAGACAAAAGGAAAAAAAUGUUCUUCAACCAAUACAAAUGAAUGGAGUAGGUUGUUUCUAGGAGCACUAAUUAUUUAUGGCAGCUUUGUGAGUAAAAUGAAAAUCCUUUGUUCUUCGUGAUGCUUUGUUCUUUAAAUUUCAGAGAAACACAUCAACUGAAUUUAGAAUUAAGGGCUAUAUCUGAUUGCUCCCUGUUUUAGUCAUCUUUUGGUGGAUAUAUGUUCACCGCAUUGAACUGAGAUUGUUUUCUUCCAUUAUGAUAUUUGAUUUCCAUCUACAGAUAAUUUGUGUUUAUGCAGAUAA